UAGGACCCGCCCCUUCAUUCAGAAAGACGUCAGAGCCGCCCUAUACUCUCUCGCAUUUGGUUAGCAGUCCGGACCCUGCUGGGAGGUGGAAAAAGACUACGACUUCCAGAAUACACUGCAACUCAGCCGGGCGUGGAGCGGUGCAUUCUGGGAGUCCUUCCCUUCCGGGGACCAGAGGAAAUGCUUUUUUGAAUGUGAUGCUGGAAACUGAAGCCUUUCGGAGUUGCAGGUCCUUUCCCCGGUUAACUGCGAAUCUCUGGGUGGAGAGAGGACCUGCCUUCGUCUCUCGGGCCAGGAAAGCUGCUGGAUGUACCAUGCUUUCCUGUGAUAUUUGUGGUGAAACAGUGACCUCAGAACCGGACAUGAAGGCUCAUCUCCUAAUUGUCCACAUGGAAAAUGAAGUCAUAUGUCCAUUUUGCAAAUUGUCGGGUGUGAAUUAUGAUGAAAUGUGUUUUCAUAUUGAAACUGCUCAUUUUGAACAAAAUGAAUUGGGAAGAAACUUUGAGAGGAUCAAUACCAUACACUGUGGAACUUCAGAUAACAGGAAGGACAACACCCAGCAGAGCAGAAUGGAAGUUAAUCCAAGUAUUCAUUCACCCUGUGCAUCUAAUCAUCCGAAAAUUUCAGCUCAAAGCCUGCCUAAGGAUGGUACUUUAGAACAUAAAGCCUUUUAUUCAGAGAACUUGACUGAAUCUAGAAAAUUCCUGGAAAGUAAGGAAAAACGACAGUGUGACCUAUCCAAAAUAAAAGGAUCAAUUUAUGACACAGUGUAUAGUCCUCCUGAAUGUCCAUUCUGUGGAAAAAUAGAAGAUUGUACUCAAGAUAUGGAAACUCAUGUGAAAACAAAUCAUGCCAAUCUUUUAGACACUCCAGUAGAAGACUGUGAUCAACCAUUGUACGACUGCCCUAUGUGUGGGCUCACCUGUACAAAUUACCAUAUUCUCCAGGAACAUGUUGACUUGCAUUUGGAAGAAAGCAGCUUUAGACAAGGCAUGGAUAGAGUCCAAUGUUCUAGAGACCUAGAAUUGGCUCACCACCUUCAAGAAGAAGAAGACAGAAAGAGAUCUGAAGAAUCAAGACAAGAAAGGGAAGAAUUUCAGAAGCUGCAGCGACAAUAUGGUUUAGAUAAUUCUGGAGGGUACAAACAGCAGCUACUACGAAGUAUGGAGAGAGAAGUAAAUAGUGGAAGAAUGCAUCCAUCUGAAUUUCACAGAAGAAAAGCUGAUAUGAUGGAAUCACUAGCUAUUGGUAUUGAUGAUGGGAAAACAAAAACUUCUGGCAUUAUUGAAGCACUUUACCGGUAUUACCAGAAUGCUGCCACAGAUGUCAGGCGUGUGUGGCUUUCUGCCGCAGUGGAUCACUUUCAUUCCUCUUUUGGUGACAAAGGUUGGGGAUGUGGUUACAGAAAUUUCCAAAUGCUACUGUCAUCAUUAUUACAAAAUGAUACUUACGAUGAUUGCUUGAAAGGUAUGUCAGUUCCUUGUAUUCCAAAAAUUCAGUCUAUGAUUGAAGAUGCAUGGAGGGAAGGUUUUGAUCCUCAGGGUGCCUCCCAACUUAAUGACAGGCUACAGGGAACAAAGGCCUGGAUUGGAGCAUGUGAAAUAUAUACACUUCUGACCUCCCUAAGGGUAAAGUGCCGUAUUGUGGAUUUUCACAAGUCAACUGGUCCUUUGGGUACGCACCCUCGCCUGUUUGAAUGGAUACUGAACUAUUAUUCUACAGAGAGGGAAGGGGGCCCAAAAGCAGUGUGUACAUCUAAACCUCCUAUCUAUCUGCAACAUCAAGGUCAUAGUCGAACAGUUGUUGGAAUUGAAGAGAGAAAAAACCAAACGUUGUGUUUACUAGUAUUUGAUCCUGGAUGUCCUUCUCGAGAAAUGCAGAAACUAUUAAAGCAAGACAUGGAGGCUAACAGUCUCAAGCAACUUCGGAAAUUUGUGGGAAAUUUAAAGCAUAAACAGUACCAGAUAGUGGCAGUAGAGGGCGUUCUUACUGCAGAGGAGAAAAUUGCCAGGAGACAAGCAUCUCAAGUGUUUACAGCUGAGAAGAUUCCUUGAAGAAUUAAGCAUUUCAGUGAGUGUGGAACUUCAUGUCCCAAAUUCAGAUAUUAAAUUCCUUAAUG